GCUACUGCAUUUUUCUGUUUUUGGUCUUCAUAGUAAUCUUGGCUAAAAUGCUUAUUUCACCCCCACAGGUAAUGUCUUGGUGAUUGUUGUUAUUUCAGCCACUAAAGGAUUUCAUUCUAUGACUUCUGUUUUUAUCAUCAACCUGGCAGUAAGCGACUGUCUUGUAGGGCUAGGUGUGAUGCCCUUUGUAGCAUUAUCACUGCUUUAUGAGGACUGGCACAAAAUUCAUGAACUUUGCUUGUUUGUGGGCUACAUGUCAUCUGUGUAUUGCACAGCUUCUGUUCUCAGUGUGGCAGCAGUUUCAUUGGAUCGUUACUGGGCUAUUGUGGACUGUCUAAGAUAUGACAGACCAUGGACCACCCAGAGGACACUAUACACCAUUACAUGGAUCUGGAUUCAAGCUAUACUUACCUGCUGUCCUCCCUUAUUAGGAUGGUGUCAGAUAGUUUAUGUUCCUUCAAAGUAUACAUGUACAACAGACUGGACCACAAGCACUAGUUACACCAUUUUUUUUAUGGCAGUGUCUGUAUUUAUACCUGCAGCUGUGCUUAUAUACUGUCAUAUUAGGACAAUCAAUGUAGCCAGAAAGCAUGCCAAAAAGAUCCAGAUUUUGGAGAGCCAGCUUCAAAGAAAUUCACCAAGGAAAAAAGUUAGUGAAAUAGAGAAACCUACCUGUUCACAAUUAAUUUAUAUAGUUAACUGUAAAUUUCUUACAGAUGCAAAUUCAUUUGACAGCCAAAGCAUCACCAGCUUUAGUCCAGAUUUAUUGAAUCUAAAAAAUCUCAAGAGAGACAUAUUUUCUGACAAUGACUUUUAUGGAAAGGAUCCCUGUGGUCGCUUCCGUCUUAUCCUUGUUCUGGUUGUCUUUAUAUGCUGUUGGAUGCCUUACAUGGUUAUAAAUCUGAUUCAAGCUAUAGAAAAGGCAACUUUGCAGAACACCACAAUCAUUUCUUCGCCUGUCAUAACGACAGCAUACUGGCUUACUCUGCUUAACUCAGAUUUAAACCCUUUGUUCUAUGCUUUACUUAGUAAACGCUUUCAAAAAGCAUUACAAGUUUUUUUAAGGAGAAUAUGUGGCCGAGAUCCUUUAACAGAUGUUCCUUCAUUUCAUCGCAGAAGAACAAGCUCAAAUGUUACGGGAAUCUCUCAGUUUCAUUGUCCUACUGAUCAACACAAUCAAGGAGAAAACACUGGCACACAGCCCAGUCCCGUUGUAAGUAGGCAUAACAGUCAGCAGGUUAAUGAAUCUCUUCCAGGGCAGUUACCAAAUUCUACUGACCCAAGCAUUUCCUCUUAUGAAAAAGAAACCGACAAUGAAAACAGAAGUGUCCUUUUAAAUCCGAACAGUCUUCCACAACAGUUUUUACAAGUACCCAACUACUCCCCAAGCCAAAUAAGACUUCCUUCUGUUUCAGGUGGAAAGAGUUCAAAGUUGGUUUGUGGAAAUAUCACUAUACAAGUCAGUUGUGAAGAGAACUAAACAAGUAUCUGAAGAACAUCCAAGCCUGACCUUACACAUCUGUAUUCCAUGUAAUUAUUUGGCAAAAAAUCCCAUACAUUUAUAAGGAUACAUGGCCAAAUACAGUUUUGUUGAAUGACUGAUGACAUUUAAAAAAAAAAAAAAAAGCGUAUUUAUUAUGCAGCUUUUUUGAUAGAGCUGAACUGUGAACUGAUAACCUUGUUAAUUACUUUUUGUCUCCUUGUUUAAUACCAUAACAUACAAAUAAUUCACUUUGUAACCAUGUUUUUGUAACUUUACUCUAACAUGUUUCUGAAA